UCUAGACCUACAUACGGAUAUAAAUUCUAUCAAAUCCUCAUCCUAGAUACAGUCCCAGAAUAACAAAUUCAACUCUCUAGUACUACCAUCGCCAUCAUGAAGACAACAACUCUACUAUUCCUCGCCGCGGGCCUUACCCAAACGCAAGCAUUCCCAUCACAAGGAGCAGCACCACACCCACUACCAUGGUCCCCUCCCGGCCCUAACGAUGUACGCGCCCCCUGUCCAAUGCUCAACACCCUCGCCAACCACGGCUACCUCCCUCACAACGGCAAAAAUAUCACCGAGCAACACACCAUCAACGCCCUCUACAACGCCCUCGGCAUCGACGCAGAACUCUCCACAUUCCUCCACCAAGAAGCAGUAACCACCAACCCAACCCCCAACGCUACUACCUUCUCCUUGAAUGAUCUAAGCCGUCAUGAUAUCCUCGAACAUGACGCCAGCUUGAGCCGCCAAGACGCCUUCUUCGGCGACAACCACGACUUCAACCAAACCAUCUUCGACGAAACCCGCUCAUACUGGACCUCCCCUAUCAUUGACGUGAAGCAGGCUGCUCUGUCUCGCCAAGCACGUGUGAAUACCUCUAUGGCUACGAAUCCGAAUUAUACCAUGUCAGAGUUGGGUGCGUCGUUUAGUUAUGGGGAAACGGCGGCGUAUAUUAUUGUCCUUGGGGAUAAGGAGAAUGGGUUGGUGAAUCGGUCGAGGGUGGAGUAUCUUUUUGAGAAUGAACGUCUUCCGCUUGAUUUGGGGUGGACUCGUGCGAAGGACAAUAUCACCUUUGAUGAUUUGAGAACGAUGUUGAAUAGGAUUGUUAAUGCCACCGGUGGGGAGAGUGAGUUUGAUAGGGAGUUGGCGAAGAGGGGUGGGGUGCAUGUUGGGAGGUGGAGGGGGUACUAAGUGGAGUUUGUUCUGGGUGUGUAGGAUAGGAGUGGGUUGGAUGGAUGGUGAGUGUGUAUCGGUGUGAUUAAUGGAUGGAUAUGAAAUCAGCUUUGGGUCGUCCACUUUGUUAUGAUUGGCAUAUACGAUUUAUGUGUGUAUGAAG